AUGAGGGAGAUAGACGCCCAUUUUGAUGCCUAUGAGCAUCUACAAGGAUUCCCACGCGAAGAUGAGGCCCUACACCUUCUCCGCAGGGCGGCCUCUCUCGUCAAGCCUAUCAUGCGUAAGCGCGGCUGGAAGAUAGGUACACUGGCCGAAUUCUAUCCCGACGACCCACAUCUUCAAGGCCUGAAUAUCAACAAGACGCAGCGAAUAUUCCUCAGACUUCGCUCAGGGCAUAGGAGAGAUGCCUUUCUGGUCUUGGAAGUCAUUGUGGAUACGCUGCUUCACGAGCUGUCUCAUAUCGUGUGGGGUCCUCACGAUCACAAUUUCCAGAGACUGUGGGAUGAACUCAGAGACGAGCAUCAGGCUCUCCUCCUGAAGGGAUAUACAGGAGAGUAUUUCCUCUCAGAGGGCAAAGUACUCGGUGGGAAGCGAGUACCUCUGGACGAGCUGCGCCGACGCGCGAGAGAGGCGGCCGUCAAACGCAUCAACCGCUCCAAAGGCUCCGGGCACUCCGGACAGCGCCUUGGCGGCAGCACGGGUGUGCGUGGAAACGACAUGCGACAAGUGAUUGCGGAUGCGGCGCUUCGCAGAAACAAGAUGACGAAUGGCUGCGGUGCUGGCAGCGCAGAGGUGCAGAAACAAGCCACCGAGCAGUCACGCACAGCUGGGUUCCGAACGAAAGCAGAGGAGGACGAUGCAAAUGACCUAGCUAUCUCGAACGCUUUGAUCGAGCUGAUGGAAAUGGAGGAGGAAGAGAAGCUUCACCGACUUAUGGCGCCAGGUACAGAAGGGGUACGAGAUGACAGACCCCUGAGUCGACUGGUAGUCGGCGACAACAAUCGUCAAGGCCCCCGGCCCAGCUCAUCUCGUCAAUCCUCGUUCCAGUCUACACAUUUCACGCCAUCAAACUACAGUUCACCUAAUGUAGGCACAAGCACACCGAUCGCCAGCUGGGCAUGCGAAGUAUGCACGCUCGUAAACCCCAGCAACUUUCUGUGCUGCGAUGCCUGUGGCGUGGAGAGACCCGUCAACAUAUCAGACCAGAUACACAGGCAAGCGGCCAUGCCAUCAGCCUCCGAUUAUGAAUCCCUAGUGCGGCAGGCCGCUAGCAGUAAACCCCUGGGCUGGAACUGUGAUCGAUGUGGCUCGUUUAUGGAUACUCAAUGGUGGACAUGUUCUGCAUGCGGGCUUAUGAAGGCUCAAUCAUAG